AUAACAUAGUUUUCAAUAAAAUAAUCAAUAUUCCUUGGAAUAAAUAGUGCAAAUUUAACUAAAAUGUUACGCCGACUUACAACUACUAUCAUACAAUCACGUGGUAUAAAACAACAAGUGAAAUUCAAAUGGGUGAGACCCGAAUAUGUACCAGCUUACAAACCGGCCAAAUCUGGCGACUUAGAAGGUCUUCCGCCGAUUUCGGAGACGUCUUUAGGUCAUGAGUAUUCUCUAAGUGAAGAAGCUAACGAUGCCCCAGAAUCGGUGAACAAAAUAUUCUCAGCAGCGUUCCUAGGCAAUAAGCACCAUAACGAAUUGGUCAAGCUGGAACUUGUGGACAGAGUCAGGAGGCAUGCAUAUGAUGAUAAUACUGCUGAGACAAAGAUUGCAAAGCUUACUGCGAGAAUUCGUUGUCUUCAGGUCACCAUGGAAAAGUUUCCAAGAAAUGUACUUGCAAAGAAAACUGUGCAAGAGCUAAUAGACAGGAGGAAGAAAUUGUUGAAGUACCUCCGCACUUAUGACUACAAGAAGUUUGAGUGGGUCCUGGAGCAAUUAAAUAUUGAAUACAAGGCACAUCCAGAGUCUCAUCACAAGCUGUCUCGCAAAGAAUCCUUGAGAAGACUAACAGAAAUGCAUUGUGACGACAUUCGCAAUGAAAAACUUUCAAAUUACCGAAACCUGCUAGAGAGUCAACAGGGGCCCUUCCUCAAGGAGAAAUUAGAAGCACUAAAGUUUAUUAGGAGUGAACAGAUAGAUUUGCAGCUUAAUAUCACGGUCUCAGAGCAAGAUAUCAAGAAAGUGGAAGAACAGUUAAAAGAUUGGACAAUCAAGGAUGAAAUCAAACAACAGGCCAAGAAAAAGAAGAAAAAUCUGAUCGCCGACUUGGAUUAAUAAACAAUUUAAUA